AUGCCUCCCAAUGCAUUCACCAAAUUGAGCUCUCCCGGCGAUUUGGGGGCUGUGACAGCACUUGCCUUCAAUGUGGCAGCCCAAAACUUGCUAGUGGCGUCGGUAAAUACGGGUAUUUUGUUAUAUGACUGUAAUCAGUACGAACGACAAGAGACUCAAUUCCAUAUCAACAAUGUAAUCCUGAGCAUGGCGGUGGAUGGUUCCGGAUCCGUUUACGUUGGAACCGAUACCGGCGCGGUGGGAUCUUUGGAUUUGGAAAACCUGAAGUUGUGGGAAAUGGCUGAUGAACUUGGUGUGUGUUCGUCUUCCCCAGGGCUAGAUGCAGUAGCGGGAAUGGGUGUAAUUGAUUCCAAGUUAUUUGCAGCCAAGUAUAACGGCAAUUUUUUGCAGCUAGAUCCUCGGCAAGCCAAGGCAGUUCAGCUGGUAAAUCUUGAGCAUAAAGUGUUUGCGAUGGACGUUUCGGAUACCUAUGUUGUUUUGGGAAUGGAGGCCCACAAGGUGCAUAUAUACGACAGCCGCAAAUUUGACCAACCGGUGCAACGGCGAGAAACCGGACUCAAGCAUCAAACCAGUGAUAUACGGUGUUUUCCCAAUGGAAAGGGCUACGCUCUAGCUACCAUUGACGGCCGGGUAGCCGUGGAAUACUUUGAUGUUUCUGCCGGGGUCCAAGCGCGAAAGUAUGCAUUUAAAUGCCAUAGAACCGGUGGUAAAAACGAGUCCGAAGACACCGUUUAUCCAGUCAAUGCCCUCGAAUUCGACCAAAAUCACGAUUCCAUACUUUAUACUGCCGGCUCAGAUGGUGCCGUGUGCACUUGGGACUGGCAUGGCCGCCGGCGAAUCAAGCAGCAUAGCGGGUUUUCUGGCGCUGUCACUAAGAUGCAAAUUUGCGGACCGACGUUGGCGGUUGCUGUGUGUGACGACUCGUACCGGGUGGGGAAAAGAGCCACGAGAUCCAGCGAGUUGUAUGUUAUGGGGUGA